CUAGUUCGCCAUGGCCGGGAAAGCUGCCCUGACAAAUUGCUGUCGAAUAUUCCACGUUAAUACUCGAAAUAUAAGCCCUAUUGUGACGCAGGUACGAUGGUCUCAGUACAACCCCCAUUACUUGGAGCCAACCAUAGAUAAGACGGAGCUCAAGAAACCUUUGGAGGAACAAGACCCCCGUAGAUUUCAACCAAUCAAAGCUAUUCGUUCAGAACAGACUGUAGCACUUGGUUAUGACUUUCAAAGGGAAAAAUUCAUCAAUAUCAUGAUGAAGCAGGGAAACAAGCGACUGUCCAGGGAAAUAUUUGAAAAGUGUUUGGAAAAUAUAAAAAGAAUUCAGUUACAAAAAUAUCACAAGUCAGAAGAAAAUGAACGAUCUUCCAUUGAAUUGAAUCCAAUGAAUAUAUUCCACCAAGCCAUAGAAAACUGUAGACCACUGCUGAAGCUGACACGUAUUAAUAAGGGUGGAGUUGCAUAUCAGGUGCCAGUCCCAAUGACAGAGAAGAACAGCACAUUUCGAGCCAUGAAGUGGAUGAUAGAAUCUGCCAAAGCAAAGGAUGCUAACACUAGAAUGUAUGAUCAACUAGCUCAUGAACUUAUUAAUGCAGCAAAUAACACAGGCAAGAGUAUCAAGAAGAAACAAGAGCUCCAUAAACAAUGUGAGAGUAACAAAGCAUAUGCCCACUUCAGGUGGUGACACCUAUAGGAGUGAUCUAACAUCAUAGGAGCUUCAGGGGUCUUGAAUUUGGGCAUUGAUGCAGGAACUAUUAUAUAAUGAGAGACAUUAACCAGUCAAGGGAAAUCUCAGGAUUUCUGAAAUAUGGUGGGUGUUGUACAUAAUACAUAACUGUUGAACAUUACUAAAUAAAUUAUAUUAUGUUAUUGAAAAGUUAUUCCUAAUCCAUAUUAAUCAAUGAAAUGAAGAACAGUGAUUUAGAAAUAUGUAUAUUACAUAAUUAUUCCACAUUAAGGAAUAAAAAAAGUUGAAAAAAUCAUUAAAAUACUGAGUGUAAUAUGAAGCAAGAUUGAAUACUAUAAAGUAUUGUUUAUGUUAUUUUAAGAAAUUGAGCUUAACUAACAUAAUAUUCAGAUAUAUUUGUGUGCAUUGAAUACCUUUGGGACAAUAAAAAACUGUAGUUCCACUUAAUUUCACAUAGAGGUUCAUUAGUGAGAAAGGAAU